AUGGAAAACAGAACUCCGUCUAAGACAGACACUAUUCUCAUCAUAGGCGCAGGCGUCUUCGGCCUAUCGACGGCACUCGAAUUAAGCACUCGCGGGUACAAAAACGUUACUGUUCUCGACCGCUAUCCGCCUCCGGUCCCAGAUGGUAGCAGCGUUGACAUUUCUCGAAUUAUCCGAUCCGAAUAUGCCGACCCUGUGUAUUCCCGAAUGGCUCAAGAGGCUCUUAAGGGUUGGAAAUCAGAGUACAGAGACUACUAUCACCAUACAGGGUUUGUGAUGCUAUCAGAGACAGCGUCAAAUCCUUACAUCGAGAAAACACUGGAAAUUAUCCAUGAUCAAGGUCGGUCACUGAAAGAGUUUGUGAAUGGGAAUGGCCUGAAAGAGAUGUAUCCGGAUCUCCACGCUGACCUCAGUAGUCUUCGGGCAUAUCAUAACCCUGAAGGCGGCUGGGCAGAUGCUGAGGGAAGUAUUCGUCACUUAAGUCACAGAUGUAGUCAGGCGGGCGUGUCCUUCGUCACUGGGCCACGGGGAACAGUUCUCUCAUUACGGAGACAGGGAUCCCGUGUUGUUGGUGUGAAUGUGGCCAUUGGAGACUUCAUUCCUGCAAAUAAGGUUAUCCUGAGUACCGGCGCAUGGUCAAAUUUGCUUCUGGAUGUAGCCCAUACAGCAUCUGCAUCAGGACAGCCUGUAGGCUUCAUCCAACUCAGCCCAGAAGAGGCUCGCAGUAUCGCCAAGACACCUGUGAUGAUCAACUUAUCAAGUGGCAUAUUCUGUUUCCCUCCAACGCCGGGAACAAACGUUCUCAAAGUUGCCCGACACAGCUAUGGCUUUGCAACUUCCAUACGCUCCGAUGCUACUAAUCGAGCCGUGUCCUCGCCAAAGCUGGACUCGAACAAUGCCAACAAAUCUUUCCUUCCUCAAGAGGCAGAUAACGCACUACGACAUGGUCUUCGACAGCUCAUCCCACGUUUUGCCGAUCGCCCCUGGUCGAAUCGUCGCCUGUGUUGGUAUACGGACACCCCAGAGGGUGACUUUGUUGUUGACUAUCACCCUCAGAUUGAUGGGCUUUUUGUUGCUAUCGGAGGGGCUGGACAUGGCUUCAAAUUCUUACCUGUUCUUGGUCGGUACAUAGCCGACCGCUAUGAAAACUGUGCUCCAGAAAUCCUCCAACAGAAAUGGAGGCUUCGUUUGCCAGACGGCAGUGGGGAUUUGAAGAUCGGCGAUGGAAGCCGGGGAGGACCCCCUUUACGGAUGUUGACCGUUGAAGAACAGAGCAAAUUUACUUUUGAGGCAUCAGAGUCACACCAAAGCAAUAUCAUCAGCUCAACUCAAAGAUGUCGACUGAUGACUACCGACCGCCCAAACGUGCCCGCCAAGCCUGUGAUCCAUGCCGUCGUAAAAAGUCACGAUGCCCAGGCGAGAGACCAGUCUGCGAUCAGUCUGCGGUUCGAACGCGAAGUAGAAAUUGGGGAAGCACGUAUCUUGCAAUAUGCCAAAGAUGCUCGCUCUCUGGUUAUGGACCGGAUUAACAAUGGGGACUUGGAGCUCUCAGCUUUACAGACGCUUUGUCUACUGGCUACGUUCGAGUUCUCAGUGGGACAUACCAUCCAGGCAGGAUUGACUUUGAACAUGGCGGCCUAUCUAGCACAAAGCGUCAGCAUUACUGGUGAAAUUCUGGCCAAUAUCCAAACAGAUGCGGACGAGAAGCGUCGCUGUUCUUGGAGCAUUUAUAUGCUGCGACAUCUUCAAGGGGACGGCAUUCAAACAAGUCGACUUAUAUCAGGUGUUCACACGCCCUUCAACACCGGUUCGGGAUUAUCGCCUAAAUACACCCCACCGUCAAUCAGAGAGCCACGUGGAUCUAACACAAAGGAGGACCUUGGUCUCGUCUCCUACACUAUUCAACUGAGUGAGGUGUGGGCCCUGGCAAUGAACUACGCCGCCACCAAAGUCGAUCCAGUCUCUCUUCCCCCCUGGUUUCCUGAAUCCGAUUACUCUGUGGUCUCGUUUCGACAUACUGAGUUUGACAGUCUUGUCCCACUAAAAUACCGGUACCAUGCAGAGAACCUGCAAAAUCACAGUUUACAGGAAUUAAACCAACGUCGUGACUUCUGGGGGCCCUGGCUUUUUGUCCAGAUUAUGUUUGAAACAAUUCCGUGCUUACUGAAUCACCCAUUCCUACUAUCGAUGAGAUUACGAAGCUUCAGACAUACCAUGCCCCACUCUUUCAUUCGGCAGUCGUUUGAGAACAUUACUCUUCACGCAAGUUGGAUUCUGCACUUGAUUGACCUUGUAGAGCAUAAGGGGUUUGAGAUCUGCGACCCCAUCUUGGCCCACUGUGUAGUUAUUGUCGCUACUAUACAUCUUCAACAUAGCUUUGUCGAUGAUCAAGGGCUGCGAGAUACGGCGAGAAAUGGCUAUAAUAAGUGUGUGCGUUUUCUCCAGCCAUUGGGAGAGCGAUGGCCCCAUGUCAGAAAUAUGAUGCAAAAAUUACACCGUCUACGGGAAGGCGUUUCCGCAAGCACAAACAGCCAGUCGUGGUCCAAUAACGCAAAACUUCUGUGGGAAUUACUGGUCUAUGACCGGGCCAGCAGCUCCCAAUCUUCUAAUGAUUUCUUUGGAACAACACUAUCUGACCCUAACGCUAAGCAUACAGACUCUAGAUUCAUGACUCCAGAUCCAGACUUUCCUCUGGUUGGGUCAGCAGGGAUAUCUGGCCAUAAGACAGUGGCCAAAGAAGUUGUUGCGUAUCCACCGGAGUCUGUUUCGACCCCACCGGCUUCUUUUACAUCCAGACCGGAUAUGCAACAGGCUCCAUCUGCGGAGCCUUUUGGCUUGAUCGACACACCGGCGGAAGGGAUGCUGAAUGAUAAUCUCUUUUUGGCGCCGGAGAGCUACGGAAGGGCAAUUGAGGAUUGGUGGAAUUUCACUUCUUCGUAG